AUGAACCUACCUCCUGACAAAGCCAGGUUACUGCGGCAAUAUGACAAUGAGAAAAAAUGGGAACUGAUUUGUGAUCAGGAACGAUUCCAGGUGAAGAAUCCUCCCCAUACUUACAUUCAAAAGCUCAAAGGCUAUCUGGAUCCAGCUGUAACCAGGAAGAAAUUCAGACGGCGUGUUCAAGAAUCUACACAAGUGCUGAGAGAACUGGAAAUCUCUUUAAGAACCAACCACAUUGGAUGGGUCAGAGAGUUUCUGAAUGAAGAAAACAAAGGUCUUGAUGUUCUGGUGGAGUAUCUAUCAUUUGCACAGUACGCAGUGACUUUUGACUUUGAAAGUGUGGAAAGCACUGUGGAGAGUUCGGUGGACAAAUCAAAGCCCUGGAGUAGGUCCAUCGAGGACCUGCACAGAGGGAGCAACUUGCCCUCACCUGUGGCCAACAGUGUCUCCCGCUCUGGAAGACAUUCUGCAAUGCGAUAUAAUACUUUGCCAAGCAGAAGAACUCUGAAAAAUUCAAGAUUAGUGAGUAAGAAAGAUGACGUACAUGUCUGUAUCAUGUGUUUACGUGCCAUCAUGAAUUAUCAGUAUGGUUUCAACAUGGUCAUGUCUCAUCCACAUGCUGUCAAUGAGAUUGCACUGAGCUUGAACAACAAGAAUCCCAGAACAAAAGCCCUUGUCUUAGAACUGUUGGCAGCCGUUUGUCUUGUCAGAGGCGGGCAUGAAAUCAUUUUAUCGGCAUUUGAUAACUUUAAGGAGGUUUGUGGAGAAAAACAGCGCUUUGAGAAGUUGAUGGAACAUUUCAGGAAUGAAGACAAUAACAUAGAUUUUAUGGUGGCCUCUAUGCAGUUUAUUAAUAUUGUAGUCCAUUCAGUAGAAGACAUGAAUUUCAGAGUUCACCUCCAAUAUGAAUUUACCAAAUUAGGCCUGGAUGAAUACUUGGACAAGCUGAAACACACGGAGAGUGACAAGCUACAGGUCCAGAUCCAGGCCUACCUGGACAAUGUGUUUGAUGUAGGAGCUCUGCUGGAAGAUGCUGAAACUAAGAAUGCAGCCUUGGAGAGAGUGGAAGAACUGGAAGAAAACAUUUCUCAUUUAUCUGAAAAACUGCAAGACACAGAGAAUGAAGCCAUGUCCAAGAUCGUGGAACUGGAAAAGCAGCUCAUGCAGAGAAACAAGGAGCUGGAUGUUGUUCGAGAAAUCUACAAAGAUGCAAAUACCCAAGUUCAUACAUUAAGAAAAAUGGUCAAAGAAAAAGAAGAAGCCAUUCAAAGGCAGUCGACCCUGGAAAAAAAGAUUCAUGAACUGGAGAAACAAGGGACCAUUAAAAUUCAGAAGAAAGGGGACGGGGACAUUGCCAUACUGCCAGUUGUGGCUUCUGGCACAUUGUCCAUGGGAUCAGAAGCGGUAGCAAGUACCAGUGUGGGACCAGUGACCAGGGCUGCCUCCCUGGGAUCCUUGCCCCCUCCUCCUCCACCACUACCUCCGUCAUUAGACACACCUGAAGCAGUGCAAAAUGGUCCAGUAACACCACCCCCGCCCCCGCCUCCCCCCCCNCCUCCCCCACCUCCUCCUCCACCUCCUCUCCCGGGUCCUGCAGCUGAGACUGUGCCAGCUCCUCCUUUACCACCGCCCCCUCCUCCCUCUGCACCCCCACUUCCCGGAACAUCUUCACCCACAGUGGUUUUCAACUCAGGAUUAGCAGCUGUGAAAAUUAAGAAGCCAAUCAAGACGAAGUUCAGAAUGCCGGUGUUUAACUGGGUUGCUCUGAAGCCCAAUCAGAUCAAUGGCACAGUUUUCAAUGAAAUUGAUGAUGAGCGAAUUCUGGAGGAUUUAAAUGUGGAUGAAUUUGAGGAAAUAUUCAAGACAAAAGCUCAAGGUCCUGCCAUUGAUCUUUCUUCAAGCAAACAGAAGAUAACACAGAAGGGAUCAAACAAAGUGACAUUACUAGAAGCAAAUAGGGCCAAGAAUCUUGCCAUAACUUUAAGGAAAGCUGGAAAGACUGCUGAUGAGAUAUGUAAAGCUAUUCAUGUAUUUGACUUGAAGACAUUGCCUGUAGACUUUGUAGAAUGUUUGAUGAGGUUCUUGCCCACUGAGAAUGAGGUGAAAGUGCUUCGGCUCUAUGAGCGGGAAAGGAAGCCAUUAGAGAACUUGUCGGAUGAAGACCGGUUCAUGAUGCAGUUCAGUAAAAUUGAGAGGCUCAUGCAGAAGAUGACCAUCAUGGCCUUCAUUGGGAACUUUGCCGAAAGUAUUCAGAUGCUGACUCCUCAACUACAUGCAGUUAUAGCAGCAUCUGUCUCUAUAAAGUCAUCUCAAAAACUCAAGAAAAUUCUGGAGAUCAUUUUGGCCCUUGGAAACUAUAUGAAUAGCAGUAAAAGAGGAGCAGUUUAUGGAUUUAAACUUCAGAGUUUAGAUCUGCUCUUAGAUACAAAGUCAACAGACCGAAAGCAAACACUGUUGCACUAUAUAUCGAAUGUUGUAAAAGAAAAAUAUCACCAAGUGUCCCUGUUUUAUAAUGAGCUUCAUUAUGUGGAAAAAGCUGCUGCAGUCUCCCUUGAGAAUGUUUUACUGGAUGUCAAGGAGCUCCAGAGGGGCAUGGACUUGACCAAGAGGGAGUACACCAUGCAUGAUCACAACACACUGCUGAAGGAAUUCAUUCUCAACAAUGAGGGGAAGCUGAAGAAGCUGCAGGAUGAUGCCAAGAUUGCACAGGAUGCCUUUGACGAUGUGGUGAAGUAUUUUGGAGAAAACCCCAAGACAACACCACCCUCUGUUUUCUUUCCAGUGUUUGUCCGGUUUGUGAAAGCCUAUAAGCAAGCAGAAGAGGAAAAUGAGCUGAGGAAAAAGCAGGAACAAGCUCUCAUGGAAAAGCUCCUGGAGCAAGAAGCUCUGAUGGAGCAGCAGGACCCCAAGUCUCCUUCCCAUAAAUCAAAGAGGCAGCAGCAAGAGUUAAUUGCAGAGUUAAGAAGGCGACAAGUUAAAGAUAACAGACAUGUAUAUGAGGGAAAAGAUGGUGCCAUUGAAGAUAUUAUUACAGCCUUAAAGAAGAAUAAUAUCACUAAAUUUCCAAAUGUUCACUCGAGGAUCUUAGAAACCAACCAUACAGACGAGCCGAUGCGGUGAGGAGAAGUGUCAGGCGGCGUUUUGAUGAUCAGAACUUGCGUUCUGUUAAUGGUGCAGAAAUAACGAUGUGAACCCAAGACCUGCCUGCAUGAAUAGAGGGUGUGCGUAAAUGAAACUGCCCAUGUGAACUUUAUGUGCUACCAUUUAACUGCAGCCUUGAACUCAGAUAAAAUAUUCUUAAGGGCUCAGAUUUAGCAAAAACAUAGGAAUUAAUGAUGGGCUCUCCUUCCAACCCUUGUUAACAAGUGCCUAAAACUGGAAGUACCUGCUCAGAUUAAUCAAAGCAAUAGGAUUUGAUUUGAUUAGGUAUCUUUUUACACCAGUAUGUUAUUCAAUUUUUUUUAACCAAAAUGUGCAUUUCAUAUUAGAUUCAUUACCUGACAUUGUGAUCGUCCUAUGAUGGUCCACGCACCCUGGAUUCCUGAUAAGUUGUAAAUAACAUGGAUACAUCUGCUGUGGGCUUCCUUUGCUGAGAUGUCCUUUAAGGAAUUUGUAUUUUUAAGGACUUGCAACGUGGAGAGGAAAAGUCACAUGAUAAACUACUUCUGUCCAUAACCAAGCCCCAGCAAACUGCAAACAGGAUGCAAUUGCAAUGGCAUGGAAGUCACACAACUCUGUCUCCAGUUUUACACUGUACUUCUGUGCUGGGGUACAAUGCCCUGUGACUCAUUCACUGGUUAUGAACACAAGGACAUGAUGGCAUAAAAUGUAUCACUUAUUUGCAGUACUGUGUUCUUCAGCUAGAAGCAGCUUUUUUAAUAAUGCAAAUAUAUUUAUUAGCACUGAAAACUAACAUCUCAGAAAUCAGUAUGAAGAUUUAUGAGGACCAUUAUGGGUCAAUCUUGAGAACAGAAAUUGGUGCCUUGCUAGCCAGGGAGAAGUUUACUAACUCCAUCAACUAGCAUUCAAGAUUACAUCUGCUAACAGAGUAGUACUAAGAAACUGGCCUUAUUCCUGACAAUCGCAGGGUUUCUUUCUUUUUCCUUUUAAGAUACACGUGGCGUCAUCUAUCAGAGCUAUAUUGUUCUUGUGUCUUUCCCAGAUUACUUAUGGGGAAUUUCAGUUAAGUUGCUGAAAAAUAUUAACAUUGGGAUUAAGCUUAAAUAUGUAAUGGGACUAAAUGGCCAACUAGGCCACUGUUAUUUUUCUCUCCUCUUUAGCAGGGCACUUGAUCCAUUCCAAAGUGAAAACUGGACUGAAGCUAAAUUUGUAUUUUUCAUAAUAUACAUUCUGCUUCUGGCUUACCUUCUUGGUACAUCAAUAUAUUAAUUGUAAAAUUUAUUGUAUAGUAUUUAACCACUGAAUUUCUUAUUUUAUGUUGUGCUUAUGUGAACCCCUGGUGAAGGUCCCUUUUCCUUGGAUAAUGUGUAGUUAUAUUAUCUCUUUUAAAAUGUACAGAUAUUUUGCUAUAAAAUUGGUGCAGUUUUUUAUGGUUUUUACACUUCUCUUUAAUUCCCACCUAAGCCUCUGGGUAAUAUUGUAAAUAUUGUUUAAAAAUGCAUCAGCCUAUGCUAUACAAUCUGAAUGUUAUUUUAACUUAUAGUUUUUUGUUGUUUUUUUUAAUAUAUAUUUAACUACAAGGACAGUUUAGGGAUCAGUUACCACAUUUCACUUUAGCGUACCUAUUUACACAGAUUACUUUUAAACUGCCACCUGAUGGCACAUUUCCAUAAAAUGUGUACUUUAAAAAGAACAUGCCAAGAUUUUCUUUCUGUUAACUCACAUUCAUUCUGAUGAAAAUAGCAAUUUGACCAUGAGAUAUAACACAAAUAGUUGGACCUUUGCCACAAAGCAGCUGUUUUCCAAAAGCUUAAUGCUGACAUGCAUAUGUUAAAAUAAUUGCUUAUUUAUUAAUCUACAAGUAGAUAAUGUUGGCAUGUUCUUUUCUGUUUGUCUAUUAAUGGGCCUGCUUCUUAGCAAUAUUAGAAAUGUUUUAUAAUUCAUGUUACUUUUCUGGUCUCUUAUGGCAUAUGAGCAAAUAAACUAUUUACACUACUA